AUGUAUCCGUCGUAUGCACGAAUCAAGUCGUUUGAUGAGUCAUAUACUUCCUAUGCUAAGAAGUACUCCUUUUACUUGUAUAGAGAACAAGGCAAGGAUAAGCUACCAAAGGAUGAUGAUGGUAGUAUUGAUUUAGAAGGUGUUCCUGUUUUGUUCAUUCCUGGAAAUGCCGGGAGCUUUAGACAAGUCAGAUCGAUAGCUUCAAGAGCCGCUGAUCUAUAUUAUCACGAGAGGAAAGAGGAGGAGGAGGAGGGGGGUAAAUUACCAGGAUUGGACUUUUUCACUAUUGAUUUUAAUGAGGAUUUCACCGCGUUCCAUGGACGGACUAUAUUAGAUCAAGCUGAGUUUGCUAAUGAAGUGGUCAAAUUUAUAAUUGGCUUAUAUAAAAAGCGGCAGAACCAGAAAGACACUGCUCCCAAGUCAGUCAUUCUUAUUGGUCACUCCAUGGGCGGCAUUGUGAGCAGGAUAAUGCUAACAUUGCCCAAUUACCAACAAGAUUCAAUAGAGACUAUUAUCACGUUAAGUUCUCCUCAUUCUGCUUCACCGUUGACUUUUGACGGCGACUUGAUCAAGAUUUACUCAGCGGUGGAUAAGUUUUGGCAAUUGGGGUUCUCGACGAAUAAAGAGUUAUCAUCAUCAAAAAAAGUAGACGAGAUUGCACAUGAGAGACUAGCUAAUAUUGCACUAGUUUCCAUUACGGGAGGAGCAUUAGAUUUUACUUUACCUGCAGAUUACACUACUUUGGGAUACAUUGUCCCUGAACUGAAUGGAUUUACUAGUUUCACUACUGGGAUUCCAUUAGUAUGGACACCUAUUGAUCAUUUGGCUAUUGUUUGGUGCCAGCAAUUGAGAACUAGAAUUGCUUAUGCAUUACUUGAUAUUGUCCAUUUGGAGCGAAAUGAAAAGGAGAAUUGGUUAACGCAGAGGAUGAAUGUUUUUAAACUGUAUUUUUUAAGUGGGUUUGAGCAAUAUGUUCACGAAAAUCAAGUGUUGGAAAAACGCCAUCGAUUGAGGAGUCUGGGUCAGGUAUUAAAAUUGAAUAAAAGGUAUACUCGAGGAAAAGAGUUGGGCAAAAGGAGUAUAUUCCAAUGGGAAAAGAAUGGCAACAAAGAGAUACAUUUUUCAUUAUUAUCAUCAGUGCCGAUUAAAGAAGGAGGAUUUUCUAUUCAAUUGUGCUUGACAGAUAACACUGAUGAAGAGCAGCAGCGUUUAUUUUGUUCAUCGAUGGAAUCGAGACAAAACAUAGUGCCGAAUUUCUCCAAGGGUGUAAAUGACAUAUCUGACUCAUCGUAUAAUGGUGAUAAACAGCCAUUUUACAGUGUAGAAUUGGAUUCUGAACUUUUAAAAAUGUACAACUGUAUCAUUAUUGAGAAUGUUGAAGAUACCCAGUUUAUUAGUAUGGAAUUGUCUACAUUUGAAACAAAAUACACAAUGCGUGGAAAUACAUUCAGUAUGUUAACCACAGGCAACUCAAUUAAGUUACCUUUCAAUAGGCCACAAAUGAUUGAUUUGUCCAUUCCUCAAGCUUGGAACAGUUUAUUAGUAUAUAAAGCUCAUUUCGAAGGCUGUUUGGAAGGUGUCCAGUAUAAUCCAUUCAUACGACAGUAUACACAGGAACCAUUUGAAAGCAAAUGGUUUCUCAAUGUCAGGGAGUCGAUUGAACUAACAAUGCAUGGAAUAGCGCCAUAUGUGCCAUACAACAAUACUCAUGAUAACCAUGCGAUGAAUCUACAAAUUUGGUCGUCGAAUUGUGACAAAAGAGAAGAGUUGAAAUUAUUUAUACAGGUUGAUUAUCUAUCUAGUUUGAAAUUGCUAAUCUUGAGAUAUAGAUUAACGAUAAUUGCAUUCAAUAUAGGCAUAUGUGCACUCGUGCUUUCCUUGCAAUUUUAUCAAGUUGAGAAAAUGCCUUCAUUUUGGCAUACUUUAAUUUAUUUGAACCUGAAUUGGUGGUGGUUGAUUGCACUUGUGUUGAUGUUUUUUAACGUUUUGGUCAAUAUGCCUGGUAUUAAGCAACUUUUGUUAACCUGCAAUCCUGCUUUAUUACAAGUUGGAAAGUCACCAGCAUUGAAAGGCAGUGUAUUUGAUGUAAAUCUAUUAUAUUUGGGGUUGAAGGAGAGUUUCACAGUAGUUGGUAUAAUCCUUUAUUUUGUUUCCAGUUUUGUUGUUGCCAUGUCAUAUUUUGCGUUGAUUUUGAUAGGCGAAUGCAUCAACUUUGUACGCAAUUUGGAUUUGUUCAAAUUGCGCUUUUUCAAAGCAAACCCACAUGUGAUGAUGACGACAAGGACAAAGACGAGAACGACGACUUGUUUGCAAAUGUUUAUAAUUUUCCUUGUGUUGAUACUAAUUUCGUUUUACAUUCCAUAUCAAAUAGUCUACUUAUUAUCAUGUUUCAUUCAAGUUAUCAACGUGCUUAAAGACUGGCCCGGCAAAAAUAAUACACACCUGACGAUAUCCAACUAUCAAAUAAGUUGGUUGAUGAUGAUGCUAUGGAUUUUACCUAUAAAUGUGCCGAUAUUAAUUGUGUUUAUUCACAAUUUAGCGGUGAAUUGGAAAACUCCAUUUAGUUCUCAUCAUAAUGUCUUGCUGAUACUACCGAUCCUUAUUCUUGUUAAAUAUAAUGGAUCAAUCAGAGAAAUGAAGGCGGGGGACAAAAAAGUUGAGUUAAUGGUGAAGUUAUCAAUGAAGUAUUUGUGGAUAUUUGCUUUUGUUUAUGGUAGUAGAUAUACGUUUUUCAUUCAUCAUUUGUUCAACUUGUUGAGUUUCUUGGUCUUGGUUUAUUUAGGGGGCUCGCUAAGUAUUGGGGGUAUGUAG